UCGACCGCAACUCGGUCGACACGAGUCGGACGGCCUCGCAGUGGAGGAGGCAGUAACGCGAGAUUCUCAAGUGUCCACAUUCGCGUCCCGAUGCUGACUCCGUUGCGCGUGACGAGUGGCGUGGGUGGCGUGCGCGGCACGGUGGCGCUGCUGGUGGCCAUCCUGGUUGUGCCCCUCGAGGCCCCGGUGGCAACACCCUGGCCGUCGGGUGGUCUCGGGGUGGUGUCCGGGUUGCUUCGGAACGUGGGUUCCAAAGUGUCCGCCGUCACUACGCCAGUCAAAGAGGUGUCUGCCGCCGUCACUACGCCAGUCAAAGAGGUGUCCGCCGCCGUCACCGCGCCAAUCACCGAGGCGUCCAGCGCCAUCGCUGGCACCACCGCCGUCGUCGUCCUGGAGCAGCUGCUAAGAUGGCUGCCGGCGACCGAUGACAACGUCACGGCGAGCGCUCUGAUGGUCGACCUCGGCUACCCUAUGCAGACGCACUUCGUGACCACGCAGGACGGGUACCGGCUGCGCCUGGAGCGCGCGCCCAACCCCGGACGGCAGCCCGUCUUGCUGGCGCCAGGCUUGCAGACCAUCGGGUCAUGCUACGUCGUGCUCGGACGCGGCAAGGCCCUGGCGCCUUUGCUUUACGACGCGGGCUUCGAUGUGUGGAUGAUCAACUACCGUGGGACGCUCUUAUCGCAAGAGCAUAACAAGUUCUCAAUCAGAAACGAGGAGUACUGGAACUUCAGCUGGCACGAGCAGGGCGUGUUCGACAACGCGGCCGCCAUCGACUACGUGCUGGCGCAGACCAGCUUCCCCUCCGUCAUGUACGCGGGGCACUCCAUGGGCGCCACGACGUUCAUGGCCAUGGCGGCGGCGCGGCCCGAGUACCAGCGCAAGGUGCGCGUUCGCGCUGCCUUCCUCAUGGCACCGGCCGGUUCGCUGCACGCGCACCGCAGCCCGGUGGUGGAGCUGCUGUACGUCCUCAACAACGGCACGCAGCCCCUCGUGGAGGGCCUGGGCCUGCGCCGCACCCUCCGGCCGCUCUUGCUCGUGGUGAAGCGCCUCAUCAAGCAGCUGAUGCCCGUGGCGCGGCCCUUGCUCUACGCCGUUUUCGACGCCAUCUUCGGCUUCAAGAAGAACGCAACCUACUUCGAACUCCCGCAUUUCUACGACUCGCUUCUAUAUGGCGGCUCCUGGGGCCAGAUCUUCCACUACCUUCAAAACGCGAACCACGACACUCAAGGCAUCCGGCAGUACGACCACGGCGCCAAGAAGAAUCAGGAGGUUUACGGGGCGCCCGAGCCGCCGCUGUACAACUUGUCUGCCAUCCAGACGCCUAUGCACCUCUACCUCGGCAACAACGACAUUUUAUGCAGACCCAAGGACAUAGCCUACCUACGCUCACAGUUCCAGAACGUCGUUAGUGUCCAUUAUGACGAGGAUGAAACCUUCAACCACAUAGACUUCAUCGCGUCGACAGCGGUCGCCGGAGGCAUGAACGCACGCAUCGUCGCCGACAUGCAGCGCUUCUACGGCCAAGCAGGCUGACAAGAAAACACUCAUUCUACGAUUGUGACGUCAUAAUCGUUGGAAUGUGAAUUUUGUCUUGAAUGCCAUGUAACAUUCAUGUGAACGUGACGGGGCCGUUUAAUUUUAGGAUGUCACAUUCCACGUGAAACAACAUUAAACAAGUUCGACGAAACGAACAUUGGGUCAAAUAUCGAGGGGUCCUAUUCAAAAGAUCUUAUCUGGGCGGUCCCUCCACGACAAUCUCAUCUUAAACGCAGGUGAAUUUCACUCAGUUUGACCUUUUGGGACGGAUACGAGAGUAAGCGGAAUAUGUUUCUACAUGAACUUUUGGUUUCUUUGAUCUAUCAUCUUCAAAUUUUAGUGAAUUAAAUCACAAAUUAUAUUGACUCAGCUAUCAAAUGAUCAAACUGAGUGAAAUUUGCCUACGUCUAAAAUAAGAUCCCUUGGGGGAACGCCCAGAUAAGAUCUUUUUAAUAGGACCCUCGAUAUGACGUCACACUAUUUAGGCUCAUUUUCGACCCCUUCCCACCUAUAGCGAGUGAAAAAUGGUCACUAUUUCGACACACCCCUCCCCUUCCCGUGACGUCACAUGUGUCCAAAUCAUUGUUUUUGGCAACGGGGAUAGAAACGCGACUAGAUCGUGCCUAAAUUGAGACUUCUUAACAAUUUGAUUGCAUUUUAGCAAAUCCGGUCGGAUUGUUGCUGUUCGGAAAAAUCUGAGCCAAGUGCAGCUAAAAUGCUUGAGCCAGUGACAAUAUAAGCGUGCGUAGGUGGGAUUGCUGAUUUCAGUUUAUUUUUAAGCGGGUCAACUCUUUUGUAUUUGGCAAUUUCACUCUGCUGAAAAGUGGGAUGUCUCAAAUGCCUUCAUCCCACUCUCCUCCAUGUCACAGUUGGUCACGAUUUAUCUGACCCCUCCCUCCCUGAAAGGGUGACGUCAUAUUUGAACGGCCCCUAACGAAGCUCAUCACAUUCUUUGAACAAAAGUGCAGCACGACAUUGCAUUGGUGCAUUUUGAUUUGAAGCCAUACCUGUAUUGUUUUGCAAAUGUUGAGAGUGAAGUAUUUCUAAGUGCGAUUAACAUGCCCUAAAUAUUAAAAAUCAAAGGGUGGGCACUCUCAUUGACUACCUAUAGGUGUUAAACUAAAAUUUGGUAUGUGCUGACUGAGAAUGGCAUGUGAAAGGACCCCACAAAGUUUAGGUCCGAUCGGCCAAACCUCCUGAAGGAAAGUGGACACAAACAGACACACUAGGUCACUAUUAGCUUAGUUAGCCAAUGUCUGAUUGUUUUAGAACCCCUGUGAUAUUACGAUACGAUCAUCUGGGAAUGUUGCCAAAUUUAACAGUUGCUGUUUGCCGGAAAUCAAUCCAUGCACAACUCUUUGGUUUUAUUACAAAUUUCUCAGGUAACAAUUAUGGCAUCGUUAUUUAAAUCAGUACAUUUUUAAGAGAAACGAUUCAUCGGAAAAUAGAGAGUUUGAAAUACAACAAGAUGUGUUUUAAUCAAACUUGACCGCCAAAGUGUUGUUACGUUACAAAAAAAAUUAAUUGUGUUCAAAAACCUUUUCUGCAGUACUUUUUUCUGCCCCAAGCAGUGUGGCGAAUGUCAACUCAAGGUAUCUUUCUAGGGCCAAAAUAGUUAAGUCGUGCACUGAUCCUUGCAUCCCCUGGAAUAGCGUUAAAAGUACCAACGCUAGUCUGCAGGUGUUUCGGGGUCAAAAUUUUAAGAAUUAAAGAGGGAUAAGGGGGCGGCUCAAAACGACUACCUGCUCCAUGACUUUUGGAAAGCGUGCAUAGCUAUGAGAGCACACAAGAUAAAGACGACCAUAAAAGCUACUCCCAAAAUAUACAUAUUCCGUGAAGUGGGUUCAUUCUGACAUGAA